AUGGCUGAAUUCUGGAAAUCAGCACCGCGCUACUGGUGCAAGCAGUGCAAGGUCUUCAUCCGUGACACGCCCUUCGAAAAGACCCAACACGAAGCUAGCCCAAAACAUCAAGGCAGCCUCAAGCGCUUCCUGAGACAAAUUCACAAUGACAAUGAACAAAAACAAAGAGACUCACAACUCGCAAAAACCGAGGUCGAGCGACUGCGAAAGGCCGUCGGUGGCGGGUCCUCCACUGACAAAGACAGUGCGAAAGGAAACGCACCACCACCAGCCCCCAAAUCCGCAGAACGGCCUGCUUCCCUAGAGGACCGAAAGAAACAGAUGGCACAGCUGGCAGCAAUGGGAGUCGCUGUCCCCCAGGAAUUCCGCGCCGAUAUGGCCAUAGCGGGGGAUUGGCAGACGACAUCAGAGACAGUCAUCGAGGUCAAGCAGGGAUUAGAGGGCCCCACAAAGUCAGUUGGAAUACGCAAGCGCAAACUUGAAGGCGAGGAGGAGGAUGAGCAUGCGCCUGAACCUAUUAUCAACAAAGGCUGGGGCUCGAGGAUGAGGCAGUACCCAGGUGCACAAGAGGAAGAAGGCCUGGAUGACCUGCUCGCAUCCACCAAAGAUAUCAAGAGGACAAAAACCUUCACCCCGAAAGUCGAACUUGAUGAACAGGAGACAGCCACCGAACCCCCUGCCCCAACCAUGAAGACAGAAGAUGAUCCCACCAAGCCAGGGGCCCAAGAGACGAAUGGGUCAGUUACAGUCAAGUCUGAAGAGCCCGCUCAAUCUUUGGUAGAGCCUAUCGUUGAAGAGAAGCCGCAGAGUGAAGAUGCUGCGCCCGGUGUCGUCUUCAAGAAACGCAAGCCGAAGGCAAUGAGGAAAUAA